CAAUCUGCCCCACGAGAAGUGUUCGAUGAAAUUCUUCAGAGACUCCCUCUCAAAGAUAUUCAUCGCUGCAAGUGCGUCUCAAAACGUUGGCUUAAUUGGAUCUCCAGUCCCUAUUUUGUUCGAUCUUAUAUCCAAUUCGAGACCACCAUCAAUCCCUCUCCCCCUUUGGCACUCUUUUACCAGGUCGAUGCUCAUUCACCAAAUUCAGUUGAUUUUAACCCUAACCUUAAACCUAACCCUAACGAAAUUGGAAUCAGUUUUACAUCUGAAAUGCCCAUUUUUUCCCAAUCUCGUGGAUUUUCUUUGAAUUUCCUUCCCCAUCCCAACCCAUUAGUAUCAUCAUCAACAGCAGUUGCAGCAGCAACAGCAGAUGAUCAACAGCAACAGCCAGCAGGAGGGCUCGGUGAUCACCUUCGCCUCUUAGCGUCUAACAAUGGGUUAGUGUUAUGCUCUCCAAGUGUGACUUCUCAUAGGGUUUACUAUGUAUGCAACCCCCUCACAAUGCAGUGGGUUGAGCUUCCUCCACCACCCACUUUCCAAAAACAUAUUCACUUUGGAUUUACUACUCGAAUUGAUGUUGAAGAUUUCAAAAAAAGUAGUUUCAGGGUGGUGAGAAUCUGUAGUGGGGAUAAAUUAGUAUUAGUGCAUCGGAACACUCUCAAUUUGGAGAUAUUUUCAUCAGAGACAGGAACAUGGACAGAGUCCCUUAUAUCUUGCCCCCACGAGCCCUUUUUUGGUUCAUUUUGUGCAGUGGAUUACAAAGGAAUGUUAUAUUGGAGAUUCAAGAGCAUUUUCUUCGGUUUUGAUCCAUACAACCCCAGCCAUCCACAUCGUCCCAUAGACAUGCCAAAGGGUUAUCAUGCAAGAAACUGUAAACAUGCCCAAGGAGUGUGUAACGGGCAUCUCAUGUUUGCUCAAUUUGGGGGUUACACUCUCACCAUUUGGGAACUCAAUGACAACUACAGUAGUGAUAGUGUUGAAUGGUCGGUGGUGCACAAGCUUCAGCUAAAAGUACAAUCGCUUCUUUCCCCUUUGACAGUAGUAGCUUUUCACCCCUUUGACAGAGAUAUUCUAUGUCUCUGGUCACCGGGUUGCAUUAUGGACUGUAACAUGCGGAGGAGCAAAUUUGAAACAAGCUGUAGAAUUGCACAUUCCCGUGCCUCCAACUUUCUGCACCAUUUGGUCUCCCCAUUUGUGCUCCCAGGGUGGCCUACUUCAGUUCCUGCACUUCCGUAUUAAUCAUUCUAUAUGUUUUUACAAGAAACAAAAUAUCCUGCGGGAGUCUUGGAGAGAGAGGCUUGAAGGAGGAAGGUAUCAAGUAGGAGCACCUGAUCAGGCAAGUCAAUCAUGCAUUGCCUCCAUAUUCAGUUGUACAUAUUUAUAAGAAAUCUCCAUAUAGUAAUUCCUUUAUCUCUCCAUUUAUAUAUAAAAUAUAAUAUGCAUCUUAAGAAUCUGCAAACUGUUUUACCUUGUACCUUUUGUGAUGGAACUAACAUACUUAUAUUUAUUUUCUUAUAUGUACUAGUUUGAAGAUAAUUAGGCAAUGGAUGUCGAAUAUAUGGGAUUAAAUUGCGUACUGUUGGAUGAAGAAACAUGGAUUAUGCACAAUGUGAAUAUAGAGAUAGGUAAAUAUAUAUGUAUGUGUAUUGAUGAAUCUAUAAACACACACUCAAAUAUGGUUAAAUAUAUAUACACACAAACCACUUAAUAUAAAGAGCACAUGGAUCCUUAAUCCGCCCACAGUGUUUUAGACGAGUGUAAUUGUUGAUUAAGAGUACUAUGGUGUGAAAAAAGAAAAUUUAUAUUAUUGAUAUUUUUACCCACUA